AUGAAAUUCCUGUUCAACGCACUUAACAUCCUUAUGGCAUUCUUUUUAAUGGCCAUGCCAGUAUUUGGCGUUUCUGUCUUAUCUGACACCCUUUCUAAGGUUGAGGCCCUUCUCAACCACAUUGAGGAAACCGUUCAAGGAACUGUUGAUCUGUCUUUGGUCAACUCGACUCUUGCUGAUAUCAACGACUUAACUGAUCCAUUGAUUAACAACCUUGGAUCUGGGAUUGAUAGCUUACUUAGUAGCUUACUUGACUAA